GCAUGCGUAUUGGAGCAGGACAGAGAUAGUCGGUCGUUGGCUUUGGCUCAGCCGUCAGUUGGUGCCCGGCCGCCGCGCUGCGCGUAUGCUCCGGCCCGUACGUUCGAAACAUAGUACACAUAUUGAAUUUCACGCGAAAAUUUGAUAUCGUAGUCUAUCUUGUGUUUUCAAGUGUUUGAAAAGUUCGUGCGUUUAUGGUAAAGCUCGCUUUACUUCUGUGCUUGAAAUAUUUAUUUACCGCUGUUGUGUUUUUGUUUGAGUGUUUUUAGUUUCGACGUUAUGUUUUGGUAGAAUACAAAAAUGUAGAUGUGAAAAAAGUUUAACCUACAGUUGGGACGAUGUCAGUUGACCAGGCAUCCCCUCUCGUGCCCAUCAAGCCCCAAGUGUCUCUGCAGAACAGUGCGCUGAUUAAAAACAGUCAUAACAGGAGCAGUUUCUGUGGAGCGAUCCCGUCGCCGACAAACGGCAAUGGGACGUUCAAAACUUUCGCCGUGAACCGUAAGAGUUGGAGCGGGAACGUGACGAUUCCACUCCAACAGUUCAGCCCCGACAACCAAACCCCCCAGCUCGGGACCUUCCGCUCCGGCACCGGGACGUUCCCGAGGAACAGGGAGCGGAACAAUAACGGCUCCAACGGAAUAUUAACACCUAACGGGAACUCGGUGCAGACGUUUAGAGGAAAUGAAGUGCGGAGGAGCGGAUGUACUAACGGCCGGCGCUACGCUGAGAUCGGAAACUGGAGUAAAAGAAAUGCGACGUUCCUCGAACCUCACCUGCAAGGCGUGAGACGGCGGGACAGUAGGAGCUCAGACUCGGAGCACGAUGAGCGCUCCACGGAAGACGACGAGCGGUCCCUCAUCCGGAGCUCGCCCCGCACGCGGCUGCCCCCUCCCCCGCCCCCGCCGCCCGAUGACGAGCCUCCCCCGCUGAAGCCCAGGGAAUUCUUCGAGAGACUCCAAAGCCAAGCGAUGCGUGAGGCGCAAGAGCGCAAAAGGAGGGAUCUAUCGCUGAAAGGGAGCCAAGUGUUCCGGCCGGUCGACGCUGAUGAUAGUCUUGGGGACAGUUUAAGUCAGAGCCGAGAGAGCCUCUCAUCUGACGGCGAAGGCGUCCGCGGCGACUGUUCGUCAGUGGAUUCAUCUUCAGGCUCAGAGGAGCAGCCUCCGUGUGACAUCGGCCUCCUGGAGCGACUGAUUAGAACACACCCCGUCUGGUUCCUGCCUGGCAUCCAGAGGGCCGGGGCAUUCCAUCUUCUUCAGGGGAAAGAGGAAGGGAACUUCGUGGUUCGGCAGUCGAGUCAGCCCGACACGAUGGCGAUCAGUGUUCGGUUGCCGGCGGACAAGGGGCCGUAUAUCGAACACUACUUGAUACAGGCCUCUGGGGGUCGCAUAGGCCUCGAGACCUCGCACAACCGAUUCGAUAACAUCCCGGAGUUGAUUGCGCAUUAUUCUCAGUGCUGCGAUGAACUACCAGUCCAGCUCCAAUUACCACGGCCCCUCCGCGAAGCGAAGAGCAGACACCAGCUCAGCUCCCUGGCCUUGUUGGGCCAAGAGUUCUGGGGCUAUCCCAUGGCUAACCCAAAGAACAACCCGCAGAAUCUGCUCUCUCCCAGUCAGUCAAACGGCGUCGUGCCUAUGGCUGUGACGCCUUCUGACACGGGAUCUAGUCUAAGCAGUUUUAAUGCUAGUAUAGGAACAAGCUCAAGAGAACAGAUACUCAGUCCAGAGAAAGACCAAAAUGUCGUGCUUAAGAUGUCAUCAAUAGAUGCAUCAGGUUCCCCUCCGAGUCAAAACCAGAACCUCAGCACAUUUAAGGGCAGACAAGCCCCGUCACCACCAGCGAAACCCAAUGGAGCAUUCAUUCGUGCUCCCAGGCCGACCCCACCUAAUACUUUAAGCCUCAUGUCUAGUACCGCUCAUAUAACACAACCUCAUACAUUCCCUACCACCAACACGCAACAUUCACCCACGCAGCUAGGCAGUGCUAAGACCACUCCUCCACCGCCGCCUCCUCGAUGGGCUAAACCUCCUUUCCCAAAAUCCCUGUCACCCAAGAACGAGAUUUCCGCUUUCAACCCCAUUAACAAAGCAUCAAACGGAAACAUAACAGUCACGACAACAGUCACGUUUAGCGUCAAUAACACUCAGAUCCACAAUCACCAAAUAAACGAAAGCAUUCGGAGUGACCGGCUACAACUAACGCUUGCGUCUAACGCUAUCAACAAUAACAGUACGACGGAUGUGUUCACCAUUAUGGACGAUGCAAAAGCCUAUGACGAAUGCAACGAACAGAACUUGAUGCACCGCAUGUCGCCAGAGGGGGAGUGCAUCAGUACCAUGGCAGCUAAUUUGCACGGCAGUUUAAAACGACAAAUGAUUGAGCAGAACACUGAACCUGGAUCGCCGUUAGAACCGCAAUCUCAAACAAAUACUUCCGAUUCCGCCGACCCGCUCGGCAAUAGUUUGACUAAAUCUAACAACAGUUUUUCACCUAAUCAGUUAGUUUCACCUAAUGGUACCAAUUCAGUUACCAGUGGUAUUUUCUCUCCUACAAGUCAAAUAAAUUCCCCAGUAUCUAACGAUACUAUUUCUUCCAAAAGUGGUGUGUUUUCACCUUUAAGUCAAACGAAUAAAAGUGAGAUUUUCUCACCUGUUUCGAGAAGUUCUCCUUUAACGAAUAAGCAUGUGUUUUCCCCGACGUCAAAUCAGUCUAUGGUCUCACCAAUGAACGGGAAAGAGAGAGAUAAAGUGUUGUCCCCGAACUCUAAUACUACGUCAACUACGCCGUCUGGUCGAUCCAGGAGGAGUAAGCACUCCCUGCGAAAGGAAUCCAGGCAUUAUCAGGAAUCUGAUAUCUUGGAAUCACCAGGCGUCUAUUAUCGAAGUUCGUUGAUGGAUAAAGUAUCUGAUUAUGAAGAUAUUUGGGGACCGGAAAGCAAUAAUUGUUCUUCUUUCAAACCUUUGAAAUCAGAGAGCGACAAUAACGUACACAAUGGACUAAUGAAGAGCAAAAGACCUGAUCUCCUCCCAGACACAUUACCAAAAUUAAACGCGGCAAAAAGUACACAAUCUAUUCUCGAAAAGGAGAAUAUACAUAUACUCAAUUCAACCGAAAACUUAAGUGAAAAACGAAAACUGUCUGAAACGUCACUUAAAAACAGUUUCAACGGUUCAAAUGAGCUGAUUGCGACAACCAACAGCAAAGGAGAUAUAAUACCAAAGAGGCCAGAUAAACUUAGCAUUUCUAUGAACAUGAAUAAGAAAUUGACUGAAGAAAUCGAAGCCACAUUCAAAAAUUCAGGGAAUCACAAUACUGAAAGCAUGGAAACGGUGAAAUUAGAAGAUGAUUGCGUUAAACAAAUGAAUGGCGAUGACUCUGAUAAAGAUAAUGCUGGGAGUCCAUUCUACGCAGAUCCUGUGGAUACUCUAAAAGAAGCAGCGUUACCACAGGUACAACGUCGUAAACUCCUUCGAGUUGGCGUCAGUUUAUCGCAGCGGUACUCGGAGCCACCUCACAACCACCCAUACUACCCGCUUCGUGAUAUGCAUAGCAUAGAGGAAUUAUCACCUUCAUCCCCAAAUACUUCAACGUCGGUGGACAAUCUGGUAUCUCUACGGAGUAAGCCGAAGAUUAAACCAGUGCAGCCGCCUCGCGUCGCCAACAAGCCGCCUUCGGGCAAAACUGAUACAUGGACUGUAGACGCCAGCUGGGAAUUCAUUAAUAAAAACGACGAGGGUUCGAACAGCGAAAGCGGAACGUUUCCAUCGCUGGCCGAGCAGGAGACGAGGUUGAGCGGAGUGGACGACGGGGCGCAGCACUUGACGGUGCAUCAGGUUGUUGCUCAAAGGUUUCCAGAGCUGCACCUGAACUCGGAACCAGUGGCGUUGCCCGAGGAGCGCGCUCCGCCGCGCGCCUCCUGCUAUGACAAUGUACAUGAUCUCAGACCGUUAUCCGAACAGGCAAGCGAUGACGGCACAGUUUUCUCAGAGCCUUGGGAUAGCGCACAAUGGGAUGGACUUUUGCCCUGCAACGGACCUCAAUCCCUUGAUAUGGACGAGCCUUGCGAAUGGGAAUCCCCUAUCCCGAGACGAGCGCCUUUGGAGGCGACGCGGGCCAAGAGCUUUAGGGAUCGAUUAGAUCCCCUAUUAGCUGCGGGUCGCGUGCGCGCACUUCGAGGUGGUCGCUCAACGCGCGGCGCGGGCGCAGCGUUGCGCGCUUAUGCUCUUCACCUGGCGCAGGACAAGAGCACAACCUUCGCGCAGAAUGUCGACAAUUUCAUCGCAUGCACUCUUGACUCUAAAGAGACUUGUCCGCAGGUGAUGAUGCGCAACAUGAGGCAGUUUAUGUCUGGAAUGAAAAAUUAUCUUGUGAAGCACGGAGAGCGAGAGUUUGAGAAAGAAGUUGAAAAAGAGAGGCUCAAGUUGAAAUCGACGGAGUUCCUGAACCUGGACGCCAUAUUAGAGGGUGUGAUGCACCGGCUGGUGGUGCGGCCGCUGCGCGCGCGCCUGUACACGCUGCUGGCGGCGUGGCACGCGCCCGACGUGCGCCGCCUGCACGCCGCCGUCGAGCGCGCGCAGCACGCCACGCCGCUGCAGCUGGGCGUUAAGGAAUCCACUAAAGUCCCGUCUUCAGCGGUCUUGGCAGUGAUUUCGAAGCACUUCCUCAAGAUGCAAGAGGCGGACUCUCCGUUGGAUAAACUAGAAAACCUUCUCGCUGCGAUAUCUGUUAUGUUCAAUGCGCUGAAAAGUCAACCGUGGUCGGCCACCGCGCCCGGGCGACUGAUCGGCGCAAAGACACUCAUGCACCCCUAUGGGAUACGGAUUCGUGGGGAGCGCGCGCUCGGGGCCGACGAUCUCCUUCCGGUGUUGGCGUGGACAGUGGCUCGUUGCCGACUCGUCUGCGCCGAGCUAGAAGCUGAACUCAUGGCUGGACUCCUGCCUGCUGCGUUGUUGGCCGGGGAAGGGGGAUACUACCUCACUGCGCUGUUUUCUGCUGUGGCAGUGCUGAAGAGAUUGGCACCGGAGCCUGGUCCAGAUAGCGCGACACCGGUAGGUUUUGUUGUUGAUACUCAAGUUAGCAGCUAUCACAAUGGAAGGUAGU